UUUUAUUGUGUAAGUGUCAUGCUACUAUCACUUCCCUCAGCGUGGUUGAUACCCAUAAGAGGUCUUUGGUACUAAGUACAUGGUAGUGCAUUUUUUAGAUUCUAUUUAUUGAUCACAUGUUCUUGGGUUUACUAUUCUAUUCUAAUUAUGUGUAUUUUUAUUGUGUUAGUCGGAAGAGUUUAAUUUUGAGUACAUGGCAGUGCAUGUCCCCAAGAGCAACACUGCAACUUUUCAUUUCUUCACAAAGAAAUUACGGUACAACAAUGAUGCUGAGGAGGAGAAUGCUUAUGUCAUAAGGAAGCAACUUAAGGUAUAUGAUCCUAUAAUCCAAUUCACUAUUUACUUGAUGGUUGGUCACUAGUCUGUAGGGAAUGAUAAUUUGCUUUUCAACUAGCUAAAUUCCUUUUGAUGCAAUGUGUUACUCUUAUAUGGAUGAAUGUUCUUAGUAUGUAUUUGGUAACCGUUAUGCCUGUUGUAUUGGAAGACAUAUUCAACUUCAACUCUAGUAUAUUAUUCUAUUAGAAAGCUCAAAAGAACUAAGUAAGAAAUAUCCUAUGGUGCUAGUUCUCAUAUAGAUAUGUUAUAAUUUCGUAGGACUUUGUCAAAAAGACACUUUCAUACCUAUUAACUUGGUCCACAAUUACGUAAGCAGAACUUGAAAAAUAAUGUUAUAAUUUCGUAGCAAAAAAGCAGAACUUUGUCAGUAUUGUUUUUCUUCCGGGUUAAUGGAAAGUGCCCACUAAUGCAUACCGAGAAGGAAAGAUAUAUGGUAUUGAUGCAUCUUCUGGAGCUGCUGUUAUGGCUUUAGGCAUAUCACCGGGGGAUCAUGUGUUGGACCUAUGUGCCGCACCUGGUGCUAAACUUUGUAUGAUAUUAGACCUUCUUGGUGAUUCGGGCUCUGUAACUGGAGUUGAUGCUGCAAGGCAUCGGUUGGCAGCGUGUAGAACAAUGCUGCAGAAGUAUAAACUGGGUGAUAGAUGCCGGCUUUUUGUUGCUGAUGGAACAACAUUUUCAGUUAUUCCUGAGGGGUUUCGUUCUGAUUCUGAAUCAUACGAGUCUAGAUCGGAAGAAAGAAUGGACGUGUUCAAGGAGUGGACAUCUAGAAGACCAUGGAAAGAAAGGAAAAAAGCAAAGAAGUGUGCCACUCUACAAGUGGUGUCUAAGUCUCACCCUCCUGAACUCAUAUAUUAUGGACAGCAUUCUGGAGUUAUUGGUCUUACUAAAGGAGAAUUAUAUAAGACUGUAGCUGAAAAUGAGAUUGCAGGCUAUGACUAUGACAAAGUAACUACUGUAUUACUUUGAAUUCAUUUUGCACAG